UCAGGUCUCAGCAUAUAACACAAUUACAAACGCCUCACGGUCUCUCUCGUCACUUUCAUACCCAUCCAUUCUCUCUCUCUCUCCACAAAACAAACACCCGAAUAAUCAGCUACGGGGGCUGACCGGCUGAGACGAGGAGGAGAAAAGCAAAGCCCUGUUGCUAGGAACGAGGAGGAAGCUGUUGGGAAGUGAAGUGAGAGUAGAAGAGACGGAGGCGACGGCCGAGGAGGAAGGAUACUCGGAGCCUCGGAGGCGGGGACUCCGGCGGAGCGGCUUCCCGGCAUCGAAAGGGAAGGAAACAAGAGGGAGAUCGUCGAUGGCCGCCUCGUCGGCGUCGUCGGUGCCGCCGGCCUCCACGGGCUCCGUGAUCACCGUGGCCGGCGGCUCGGCCACCGGCGGCGCGGGCUCGCCGUGCGCCGCCUGCAAGUUCCUCCGGCGCAAGUGCCAGCCGGACUGCGUGUUCGCGCCCUAUUUCCCGCCGGACAAUCGGCAGAAGUUUGUGCACGUGCACCGCGUCUUCGGCGCCAGCAACGUGACCAAGAUCCUCAACGAGCUCCACCCCUACCAGCGCGAGGACGCCGUCAACUCGCUCGCCUACGAGGCCGACAUGCGCCUCCGCGACCCCGUCUAUGGCUGCGUCGGCGUCAUCUCCAUCCUCCAGCAUCGCCUCCGCCAGGUCCAGCAGGAGCUCGCCCGUGCAAGCUACGAGCUGUCCAAGUACCAGGCGGCGGCUGAAGCGGCGGCGGCGGCCUCCGUGGCCGUGGGAUCCAAUGGUGCGGCGGCGGCGGCGGGGAUGGCGGAUUUCGUCGGGAACCCAGUGCCCAACUGCACGCAGAACUUCAUCAACGGCCACUCCACGGCGGCGGCGAUCGGCGGGGCCGGCUUAUUCGCGCACCCCGACCACUUUGCCUCCGUGCAGAUGCUGGCAAGGAGCUACGAUGGAGAAGCUGCGGCCGCGAGGCUGGGUAUGAACGGAGGAGGCAGCGGCGGCGGCUACGGCUUCGGGUACUCAUCGGGCAUGGGCGCCGGGCAUGGUGUGGUGUCUGGCCUCGGGCAGGUCGGCAGCGGGCAGUUCUUGAAGCCCGGCACGGCCGGAGGGGACGAGCAGCCCACCGCCGCGCAGUAGUGGAGCAUCUAGUCAGGCAAUUACUUAUGAAGCAAAGAUCCAGAUGCUAAGUUAACUACUUGAGGACGUGAAGACUAAAUUAAGUGCAAGAUAAAAAAAGUUCUAGCAUCCUUUAUAAUAGAGAUGGUAAAAAGAAAAGAAUCCUUUAUUUCGUAUUGUUUGUUCGAUUUGUUGAUGUGGUUCACAUAGUCAACUUGAACAGUGCUCCAUGUUUGUGAUUGUAUUGUGUUGUUACUUUAUUGCCUUUGAAUGUACUUGUACAUGGAGCUUUGGCAUUAAUCUAGUGAAAAUAAUAUAAAGUUAAGUUAUUUUAUGGAUAGUGAAA